UGACAAGUGAAACGCCGCUUGAAGUACCAACCAACGAACCAUGCUCUCCGUUGCCCGAUCUUCCAGAGAGCCACCCGAAAGAAACUGCUACAGAUACAUGGUCUACGCGCGAACGGCUGUGUUUGGCGUCAUCGGUGUUAAGAAGCGGAGACCAGGAUUGGAUGUCCGUAAGCAGUGCGAUACGGCCUUUGGGCGAGCCUAAUCGACCGAACGAUUGGUUUUCCCAAAAGAAUUGUGCUCUGCAGUAUGCCGAUCUCUUGGAGAAAGUGGAGUCUCUCAAGAGAACGCGAGGAGAUUGCGGUGGCUUGGACACCCCCGGUGACUUAAUCGUCCGAAAUCUUACUUUGGAGCGCAUUGAAGAACUGAAGAAACUGAUCCAAGAAGAAAAGCAACAACAUAAGUUACUACGAGAAGACAUUCAGAGUAUUGUUUCUGGAGCAAUGGAUGGUGAUCUAGUGGCGCUGCUGGAGAGCAUCCUGGUGUGA